AUGCCAAAUCCGCAGACCAUCGCCCCGGAUCGAAUCACGCUGCUUCACAUCUCAAGCAAGCUGAUCAAGAACUCCGGACGGCAACAGAUCCUCGACACUGACAGCGCACCCGCCGGCCAAGCCCCUGACGGCAGCAGCAGCCCAUCAACGCUAUCGCGGCUGGAACUGCUCCCAGCCGAGCUGCUGCUCCUCAUCCUCAAGGACUUCAUGUCGGUGCUUGACCGGCCGCACCUGGCCGUGACGUGCCGGGCGCUUGCGCGCUUCUGCAAAUUCCACGGGCUGCUCAGCAUCUCGCUGGCGGGCGAGCGGCAGCACCUCCCGAGGCCGGGUGCAGGCACGGCCAGUGAGAAUAAAAACGAGCAUCUCGGGACUGAGCUCCUGCCGCAGAGCGUCAGCCACCCACCACCAGACGCCCUCGAGCACGUGUACAUGGAGACGCUCGAGGCGUUCCACUCGUCAAUAGCCGUGUUCCUGAUCAACCACCGGUGGCUGACAUCUUCGGCGCCCCCAUCAUCAGAGAACAGCAGCAGCAGCAGCAGCAGCAGCAGCAGCAGUGAGUAUUUGUUUACCGACAACCAGGCGUACCGGGACGACGCGCUGGCGCGCAGUUUGCUGAGUUUAUACCUCAACCGGUACCGGCUCUGCAACACGGACGGCAUGCGGUACUGGGUGUGGCACGUCUCGGGCAAGGUCUUGGCCAUUGCGGGCCAGCAGGACGCGCUGGCUUGCGAGAGGCGUUUGCGCUCUCUGGAUGUGGCGGAACUGGAGGGGGGAGGGAUGAACCGAAAUGGUGAUUAA